AUAUACUAUAAUUUGUUUUUACUUUCUUACCCCAUUAUCCUUUCUCAUUUACCGUCCUUGCCUUUGUGUCUGUAUUUCAUUCUCUGCAAAAAAAAAAAAAAAGAAACCCAGCAUCAAUCUUCAUAUAAGCGAAUCGACUCCAAAGAAGACAGGCCAAAGUAAAGUCCGGGAGUGUCCUUUUUUGACACGCUUCAAGGUGUGUCCGGUACGUAUACGGCCGUGUCGGCGGCGUGUCCGUGACGGUGCUUCCUAGUCAUGUAUGUAUUAUCGGGAGACUGGUCUAUCAUAUCUUCACCUUCGCCAAAGCCAUACCCUCAUAAGCCUCCCAAGUGCUCCAAUUGUGCUCCUCUUUUCAUGAAGACAACUGCUGUGCUUGUUCGCCAUCAUGGUAUAUACGUAUGGGGUGACUCAUGGAUCAGUGCUAAAACUCAGGCUGAAUGUUAUCAUUACCUCUUUGAUGCUGCUAUCAAACUCCAUCAUCUAGGCUUAGACUGGUCUACUCCAGAUCAUGGCCCCAUUCAGAAUGUUAAAGGAUUUUCAAGCAUCAAUAGCAUGAUAAAAAGGGUGGCUACGAAGGCUGGGACAGUGGAAUCAGAUUUUAAACUCCAGCCAUAUCCACGCUGCGUUGUGCUUGACAUUGAAGGAACUACAACUCCUAUUUCAUUUGUAACAGAUGUUCUCUUUCCCUAUGCCCGAGACAAUGUUGGGAGGCAUUUGUCCGCAACUUACGAUAGUGCUGAAACUCAAGAUGAUAUUAAGUUGUUACGUUCUCAAGUUGAAGAUGACUUGAAGCAAGGUGUUCUUGGUGCUGUACCUAUCCCCUUGGAAGAUCCAGGAAAAGAGAAGGUGAUUGCUUCUUUGGUGGCUAAUGUCGAAGCAAUGAUAAAAGCUGAUCGAAAAAUUACUGCCUUAAAGCAAUUGCAAGGUCAUAUAUGGCGUACUGGAUUUGAGAAUAACGAGCUUGAAGGAGUAGUUUUUGAUGAUGUACCAGAAGCUCUAGAAAAGUGGCAUGCACUGGGUAUAAAGGUAUACAUAUAUUCUAGUGGUAGCAGAUUGGCUCAGAGGCUUAUAUUCGGAAAUACAAACUACGGCGAUUUGAGGAAGUAUUUAUCCGGAUUUUUCGACACUGCAGUAGGAUAUAAAAGAGAAACACGAAGUUAUGUCGAAAUCAUUGAGUCAUUGGGAGUUGAUAAGCCAUCCGAUAUACUAUUUGUGACCGAUGUCUAUCAAGAAGCCACGGCUGCAAAAGCUGCAGGUUUGGAGGUUGUAAUCUCCAUCAGGCCGGGAAACAGUCCUCUUCCGGAGAACCAUGGGUUCAAGACUAUCAACUCUUUCCUGGAGAUCUGAUAGAAGUUUGGCAUUUCUGUAAUAAUAUCGGUCUUCCAUGCACUUGUAAUAAGUAACUUUUGGAUGCAAUAAAUCAUGAUCUUGUAGCAA